AUGCAAGACAACAAAGUAACAACAGAUAUUGUUGCUUGUAGAAAAACCAAACAUUGUUUUAAACUUUUUGGAGUGUCACUUGAACCUACUUCAAUGUUAAUGGAAAAUAAGGACAUGUUUAUUGGUGGAGGUGAGACAACAUCUACCACUAUGGAAUGGGCUUUCUCAGGAAAAAAAAUGCUGAAAAAUCCAAGAGUAAUGAAAAGGGCUCAAGCAGAAGUUAGGCAAGUCUUUGGCAGCAGAGGUUAUGUUGAGGAAAUGGCUCUUGAAGAACUGAAAUUUUUAAACACAGUGAUUAAAGAAACUCUGAGAUUACACCCUCAUGCUCCUUUACUACUUCCAAGAGAGUGUGGUGAAACUUAUGAGAUUGAUGGAUACACAAUACCAGUGGGAACCCAAGUAUAUGUAAAUGCUUGGGCAAUUGGAAGAGACCUAAAUGACUGGAGUGAAGAAGAGAAGUUUUAUCCAUAG